AUGUCACAAGUACUGGGCCAAUACGACCAAUGGGAUCAGCAGCAGCAACAACAGCAACAGGUUCAGCAACCGCCUCCCGCGCAGUAUACCCAAUCCCAAUCGGGCAUAUACUACGAGUCGGCGGACGGUCUGAUCGGACUUGGUCAACCAAUUGCUCCACAGCCAGUCCAGUCCAUGUUCCAGCAAGCGUCGGCCCACCCACAACAAUAUUAUCAACCACAACAGCCGGCUGCCAAUUGGAACAUGGACCAAAGUCAGUAUCGUGCUCAGAAUCAGAAUUUUGUCCAGAAUCCAAUAUACGAUCAGAAUUACUCAUACACGAAUCCAGUACCAUCGUACGGAGAUAGGAACGUCGGCCUGAUGGAUCAACAACAAUAUACACCAUCACAAGGUCGUGCAGUUCAGCCUCCACAAGGAUCCUACUAUAGUAAUUACGAUCAUCAACAGCCCAGCACCUCACAGCAGUUAUAUCAGAAUCCACAGCAACUUCAGAAGCCGGAGAAAGAGGAAAAGGUGGACGAUAAGCCGCGAACUUCAGAGGAUCGACCUGUUGUGAGAUUGUCAGUCAACCUGAUCACUACUUACAAGAAUAUUAAUGAGGUGAGUUGGUUUUUAUGUUUUUCUUGGCUUUUAGGUAACAAUCAGUUGUAGAAGAGAAAUGCCCGCUUUUCUCUUAACAGAACAAGUUGAAUUAACUUAAAUUUAUAGUGUUUCAAGCCAAAAAUAUUAUACUUGAGAUAUCUAGUGUAAUAUCCACAGAUUUGGUCAUAGCAAGACGCAUAUCGCUCUAAAAUUUGUGAAAUUAGUUUUAAUAGUAGCGCAUUAAUACUAGCAAACUUAGGACAUAAAGUUUUUGUCAUAUGUUGCAAGGGACAUUUUAUCAAUGAAAAGUGUCCGCACCUAUAAGUGAUCCUAGUGUAAUAUGAUAAAUUUGAAUGUAUCAUGACGGAAUUUAGUAGCAGAUGUUUUAAUUACCACUGAAAAUGUUCGAAAUUAGACUGGCCAGCUAUUUUGUUAUCUACUUUUUCAAAAAAAUUUUGAUACUGACAUGUUAUACGAUGCAACAUGUCCGGACAAAAUAUUUUCAGAACUACUACAACCGCAAGAUUCGCCGCAGACAUGAGGAGCGUCGUCAGGAAGCGCUGAAGAAGAGCCAACAGCUCUCCAAGAACCAACAGCAACUUCAACAACAACAAACCCUCAGCACGGUGCACUCGAUGCCACAAAUGUCGCAGUACUUGCAAGGUGUAGAUCAGAGCAUGAUGGUACCGCAGAACCAAUAUCAAAUGCAGACUAGCAAUUUGGGCAUGGGAAAUUUGAAUAUCGGACAAAUGCAAACCAAUCCUGUACCGAAUAUGGUAAGUUUUUUUGUGUUUUGUUGAUGUUUAGGUAUGAAACAUGUACUUUUUGUUGACAGCGAUGAAGAAAAUGUGUUGAUAAGCUUGAUUUUUGAUAGCGUGAAGUAUAAAAAGCUGGGUUUGGUUAGAAAUAAGCUUAUCGAGGAGUUACGAGCGAUAGUUUUGGAAAAAGUAGCUAGUAUAAUAUAGAAAAUUAAUGUUUUCUAUAGUUUAAUGAAUUAUAUUAGAUUUUGUAGGUAUAGGGCAAAUGGUCUAGUGCAAUAUAGAAAAUUGGUGUUUUAAUGAAAUUAAUGGCUUGAUUUCUAGUUACUAUUGUUGUUAUACGAUAAAGUAGCUUGUUUUUAUUACCUGGAAGCUGCUUAAAGCUAAAAACCUUCAGUGUAACAUCAAUUUUUUGAUGUUGUUAUACCUUUCAAGUGCUAUAACUCGAUGAAGCGGGCUGAAAACGAUCUCAAACUUUUUUUAUAUUGUUGCCAAUGACGUAAUACAUCUUUUUUCAGUCCCAGAUGCUUGGCAUGUCCAAUAUUCGCACAGCCCCACUACAAAACCCACAGCCACAUCAAGGUCAGCCAGUGGAAGUUCAUCCGGCCGGUCGAAUCCCAUUAGUUCCACUAACUGCCGGAGAAAUCCGGUCAGAAAGUCAGGAAUCAAAGGACGACGAGAACUACGACUACAGAAUCACCAUUGGCGAGAUCUUCAACUACCGCUACAAGGUGGAGAAGAAGAUUGGCAGUGGCUCGUUCGGGCAGGUCGUGAAGUGCUUCGAUAUGGUCGAAAAUGAUUAUGUGGCUUUGAAGAUUAUCAAGAACAAGAAGCCCUUCCACGAUCAGGCGAGAAUCGAGAUAAAGUUGCUGGAGUUGCUGAAUACUCAUCAUUCUGAAGCUAGAAAUUGUGUUGGUAAGGGUUUUUGUGAUUUUUUUUUGAAUUUAGGUAAUAAAAUUGAAAUUUCGGAUUAAAAUUUAAUGUUAAAGAAGGUUUUUGAGUACUAAUUUAAAUUUUUGGGUCAGUUAGUGACUUUUUAAAUUUAGGUAACAGUUUUUGAAGAAAUUAAAUUUUAGGUAACAAAUUUUGAAAAAGUGGACUUUCUAUGUUGCAAGUGGCUUAAAAAUUCUAUUUUUUAACAUUUUUGUGAUCUUACGACAUUUUUUAAAUUUUAAUUUUCAGUUAAACUCAAAAGUUCAUUCACCUGGAGAAAGCACCUGUGCUUGGUCUUUGAACUCCUCUCAUACAACCUCUACGAUCUGCUCCGCAACACCAACUUCCGUGGCGUCUCCUUGAACUUGACCCGCAAAUUUGGGCAACAAUUGGCUCACACUCUAUGCUUCUUGGCCCAGCCAGACCUCAACAUCAUCCACUGUGACCUAAAACCCGAGAACGUGCUUCUCUGCAACCCAAAACGCUCAACAAUCAAAAUCAUCGACUUUGGAUCGUCGUGCCAAUACGAUAACCGAAUCUACCAGUAUAUCCAAUCCAGAUUCUACAGGUCGCCAGAGGUUUUGCUGGGCAUUAGCUAUGGUAGACAGAUUGAUAUGUGGUCAUUGGGAUGCAUCUUGGUGGAGUUGCACACUGGAGAACCACUAUUCCCUGGACAUUCCGAGUACGAUCAGAUGAUGAGAAUCGUGGAAGUCAUGGGUAUUCCUCCAGCUCAUAUGCUCAACGUUUCUCCGAAGACCAAGAGGUUCUUCACGGUUAAUGACAGUAAGUUUUGGUUGGUAUUGGGUUAGUUUUUAGGGAAAAAGUUGGAUUUUUAGGUGUUAUUAGACUUUUAUGCUCAUUUUAAACUUAAUUUUAGCUAUUUACGGUUAACGAAAAACCUUUUAUGACCAAAAAUAUAUUAAUCAUGCUGAUAUGACACCUGCCCCAAUAUAUUUUCAAAUUUCAGAAGGCGAAUACUUUGUACGCCGUUCUCGUGAAGCCAAAGCCAGCUACAGACCACCAGGAACACGCCGUCUACACGACAUAUUAGGAGUCGAAAUCGGCGGACCAUUAGGCCGAAGAUACGGCGAAGCAGGCCAUGCAGUAGAAGACUACACCAAGUUCAAGGACUUGAUCACAAGAAUGCUCGACUUCAACCCAGUCAAACGUAUCACAGCCCAAGAAGCGGUCCGUCACCCAUUCCUCUACAAGUCAACCUCGGACGAGGGCUUUGGCAACAUGAUCCGCAGCCAACAACACCAACAACGCUACGGCAACAUGGACCUGGGCUCCUUGUCAAUGUCACAACAAGUACCCGAAAGCCCCGGAAGUCUUCAUCGCAACUUCCCAGAGCAAGGAGAUGAAUUGGCCAACAUUCAUCGAAAACUAGAUGAUGAUAAUGUACUACCGAACUAUCAAGUCGAACAACAGCAGCUUCCCACCAACCAUCUACAGCCUAUCGCGUACUUUAAGUAAGAUUAUGGGACUGAUUGAGCGUUUUUUGUACUGAUUUUGAGUUCUUGGGGGCUAAUUUUGGGUUUUUUGGGACUAAUUUUGGGGGCUUUGAAUAUCUUUUUAGGGGGUAAUAAGGAAUGAAAAAAUGCAUGAUUUUUCGGUAUCAUUUUGGAAUGGAAAAUGAUUUUUUAUGUUAAAAAUGUGAUUUUUGUUUCAAUACUUGAUUAAAAAUGGCAUUUUUUGGAUAUUAUUCAUGACAAAAUUGAUGUUGGUCACGAAAAAAAUUAGUUUUAGAGCAUUUUUUGAGAUUUUUGUUGCUUUUUAGGUAACAUUUUGGAAUGGAAAAUGAUUUUUUGAUCUAAAAAACAUGUUUUUUGGAUAUUGCAUGAUUGAAAAUGACUAAAAAUACGACUUUUGGGAUAUUAUCCAUGCUAAAAUUAGUCAAAAUAUUUUUUUCAAUUUUUAAAUUUGGUUAUGUUCUAAUAACGACCAUUUUCAGCACGGACAUGACCCAAAGCACCUUCGGCAUGGGCCAACAGCCAGCGGUGGCACGCGUCGUACCACCAGCCUACGUUCAUCCCCAAGUAACCACUGACCAAAGCUAUGUAAGUUGGACUCAAUAUUGGAAUAGGGAAAAUCUGGAUGGAAAAUAUAAGCUGUUCGAUUGGAACCCGAAUGACAAGGUAGACGAGUAGUCGUACUGUAGUUUGAACAGCUUUCAAUGUUGUUUUUGAAGGCUUUUGUGACGGCUUUUCGAUGUUAUUCAUAGUGGAGAUAGGGCCUGAAUAGGAUUUUAGAUGGUUGUGAAGCAGUAUAUUGUGGUAGAAGGCUUCUAUAUGGUGUAAAAGACUCUGUAGUAUAAUACAAUACAGCGUGAUGAAUAUAAAUGUUUUCAGUUCACCGUAACCGCCUCAGAUUCACACCCACAACAACCCCCAAUCGGCACCCAACCCACCCACAACCCAUACCAAGCCUCAACUUCAGCCCAAGCUCAACAAUCCCUACCACAGAAUCAAACCGUCACUGUGGUCAGGCCCAUAGCUCGUGUCACUCAAAACUCCAGUAAUAACAACCAUACAGCUCAAAACAGUAAUCUGAAUACUGUAAGCAAGAAGUUGUCGAGUGGGUCGAUCAAAAACACCCAAAACAAUAACAAUCAACCACAGAGCAGUCAGACGGCGCAAGGAUAUGGUGACCAGAACAAUCAGGUAUAUUGAGAAGAAAUUUUGGGUCAGGGCGGGUUUAGGGGGACAAGUUAUACGAUGAAAAGUGCAAAUUUUUGGGUUUUUAUGGGAUGGAUAAUAUUUUGAGUGAUAUUUGAGAUUGUAGAUAGAAUAUAGGUAUAAAUUAGAUAUGAAUCGAUAUAAUAGACUUUGGGAUCCUGUUUCUAUUAGAUUUGGCAUAAUUUUUGCUUUGGGUGACAAGUUAUACGAUGAAGUAUGACCAAUCUCCAAGUUGGUGUCAUGGAUAAUAUUUUUGUUAAUAUUGCCGAAUUUAAAACUGUUUACGGCUUGAAAAAUAUUUAGAAUUGUAACUGGAUUGAGGUCUUCUUUUUCAAGAAAAGAUAACAUUUUUCAAAAAAUCCCAACCAAUAUUACCUAAAAACCUGAUUUCAGGCGGGCCAAAGCCAAGAAGGCAUCGAAAAAGUGGACCAGACCGCCAAAGUCUACUAA